UGUCGCGAGACAUUAUACGCGAGGCGUGAACUCAUUGGUCAACCUAAACGACAAUUCACCAGCUGAUUGGCUAGUCUCACUUCACCUUUGCUCCGCCCCUUCCCCGGCACUCUCUUCCGCCUCCUUUCUGCCUCCCUGUUGCGUGCGCGUGACCAGAGAGCCCAGCACCUCCCUUUCCUCUGCUUCCGCCACUUCCGCCCUGGAGAACAUUUCUCACCCAGGGUUGGUAGAAACGUGCCGGAGCAUGCGCACUGAGAGGAUCUCGAUAAAAAUCGCCUUCAAAAUUGCUUAAAAGGCAAACUCUAACAAAGAGAUCUAAGAGUCGUAGUGACUGGCCAAGAAAAAAUGCAAUUUUGAGGUCUAAUUCGAUUGUGACGCAGUUGAAAUUAGCUUCUCCGCCCAUCCCUUCCCUUUCACGCUUCCGUCCUGACGCAAACGUGCGGCCGCCUUCCGCACUGCGGGCUUGUCCUUGGCCCUGCCCUAGUCAGUUUCCUGAAGCAUGCGCAGUUGCCUUUCCUUACAUUCCUGUGCUGGGCGUACGUUAAGAUGGCGGCGUCCGUAUUAAACACCCUGCUGAGGCGGCUUCCUAUGCUUUCUCUCUUCCGAGGUGCCCACAGAGUUCAGGUUCCCCUCCAGACUCUUUGCACCAAACCUCCCUCUGAGGAAGAUUCUUUGUCCCCAGUUCCCAUUUCUCCUUAUAAGGAUGAACCCUGGAAAUAUCUGGAAUCAGAAGAAUACCAGGAGCGAUAUGGUUCUCGCCCUGUCUGGGCUGACUACCGCCGCAACCACAAGGGUGGUGUACCCCCACAGCGGACUCGGAAAACAUGUAUUCGUGGGAAUAAAGUUGCUGGGAAUCCCUGCCCCAUCUGCCGAGAUCACAAGUUGCAUGUUGACUUUAGGGUAAGGAGAGUCUUUUCUUUUUUCCUCUGUCACCAUACGGAAGCAGUUGUGUUCUAUUAUUUACUGUGCCUUAAAGAACAAGUUAUUUUUCUCCCCAUAGGAGUCUGUGUGAAGCAGCACAAGAGGUUGACCCAGGCCAUCCAGAAAGCCAGGGAUCAUGGUCUCCUCAUUUACCACAUCCCCCAGGUUGAACCACGGGACCGUGACUUCAGUAUCUCUCAUGGGGCUGUGAGUGCUACUCCGCCAGCCCCCACCCUGAUCUCAGGUGACCCCUGGUACCCAUGGUACAACUGGAAACAGCCACCAGAGAGAGAACUGUCACGCCUUCGCCGGCUUUACCAGGGUCAUCUUCGAGAAGAGAGUGGCCCCCCACCUGAGUCAAUGCCCAAGAUGCCCCCUACAGCACCAGCGGAAGCCUCCUUCACUGGGCAGACAGACCCUCAGAGUGCUCUGUAGGAGCCGUAGACUGGGAAGAGAGGCCAGGCAUGGUGGCU